UGGUGCUGCAGCUGUUUCGCUGACAAACAAUAACAAGCCCGACAGAAGAGAAAAAGACAACACGAGCGAAACCAAACCGACUUUAACUUCUUCUGACACGUCGUCCGCGCAAGCCGAGAACGCGGGCGUUCUGUCACUGUUGCUCUCGGCGAGGUUAACUCUGGCCUCCGCUUCCUCCUCCUCCGACUCGGCAGCCGGCGGAGCUUCACCGCCGCGGAAGAAAGCCCGAGCGCGGGCGGCGGAGGGAGCAGGAGAGAGCGGGGCUUCUCUCGCCACCGCAGGCCUCACCGCGCUUGUUUUGGGUCUCCCCUCUUUCUCCUCUGUCCUGUGUCCCCGCUCAGGCUCCGGGCCCCUCGACAUUAACGCGCACAGAGUCGCCUGCCUCAGCGGUGUGAACAUGCAAGCCAACGGGGCAGGACAGGAACAGGAGCCGGAGCUGCCGUGCCUGAACAGCGCCCAAAACGGAGAGUCGUCAGCGGCUACCGGAGCGCAUUCAAACGGGUUGCUGGCCUCCUCCGCGGGCGACGGAACAAACGCCGGUGUCACCGCAGCUAACAACGGCAUCCAACCGGCAGGCAGCAGCUCUGCCGCUUCGGCCGCCGCGACCUUGGGCUGCGAGACGGGCUCCAUGAAGAAGAAGAAGCGGCUGUCUCAGGCAGAUGAAGAUGUCAUCCGUUUGAUAGGGCAGCAUCUACACGGCUUAGGGCUGAAUCAGACAGUGGACUUGCUGAUGCAGGAAUCAGGCUGUAGACUUGAGCAUCCUGCUGCCACCAAGUUCCGCAACCAUGUCAUGGAAGGGGAAUGGGACAAGGCUGAAAGUGAUCUCAAUGAGUUGAAAACACUGAUGCAUUCACCAAAUGCUGUUGUGCGGAUGAAGUUCCUGCUCUUGCAGCAGAAGUAUUUGGAGUAUUUAGAAGAUGGAAAGGUCUUGGAGGCGUUGCAUGUUCUAAGAGCAGAGUUGACUCCUCUGAAGUACAACACAGAGCGCAUCCACGUCCUCAGCGGGUAUCUGAUGUGCAGUCAUUCAGACGAUCUCCGAGCCAAGGCUGAGUGGGAGGGAAAGGGAAUAUCUUCUCGCUCUAAACUGCUUGACAAACUCCAGAUGUCAUCAUACCUGCCCCCUUCGGUGAUGCUGCCACCUCGCAGGCUACAGACUCUUUUGUGUCAGGCAGUAGAGCUACAGAGGGAUCGCUGCCUUUACCACAACACCAAAUUGGACAGUAACCUGGACUCUGUGUCUCUGCUGGUGGACCAUGUUUGCAGCAGGAAACAGUUCCCCUGUUACACUCAGCAGAUCUUGACAGAACAUUGCAAUGAGGUCUGGUUCUGUAAAUUCUCCAAUGAUGGCACCAAAUUGGCCUCUGGAUCUAAGGACACUACAGUUAUUAUUUGGCAGGUUGACCCAGAAACACAUCUGUUGAAGCAGCUGAAGACUCUGGAAGGCCAUGCAUAUGGUGUGUCUUACCUGGCCUGGAGCCCAGAUGAUGCAUACCUGAUAGCUUGUGGGCCAGAUGACUGCUCUGAAUUGUGGCUUUGGAAUGUUCAGACAGGGGAACUGAGGACAAAAAUGAGUCAAUCCCAUGAAGACAGCCUGACAAGUGUUGCCUGGAACCCAGAUGGCAAGCGCUUUGUCACUGGGGGCCAGAGAGGCCAGUUUUACCAAUGUGAUCUAGAUGGAAACCUUUUGGACUCAUGGGAGGGAGUUCGUGUUCAGUGCCUGUGGUGCUUGAGUGACAGCAAAACUGUGUUGGCCUCAGAUACGCACCAGCGUAUCCGUGGAUACAACUUUGAAGAUCUGACUGACAGAAACAUUGUACAGGAAGAUCACCCUAUAAUGUCUUUCACCGUAUCAAAGAAUGGCAGAUUAGCUCUAUUAAACGUUGCAACUCAGGGAGUUCAUCUGUGGGACCUACAAGACAGAGUACUGGUGAGAAAGUACCAAGGUGUGACUCAAGGCUUCUACACCAUCCACUCUUGCUUUGGAGGCCAUAAUGAGGACUUCAUUGCCAGUGGGAGUGAAGACCAUAAAGUGUACAUCUGGCACAAACGCAGCGAGCUGCCCAUUGCAGAGCUGACAGGCCACACACGUACUGUGAACUGUGUGAGCUGGAACCCCAUGUUGCCAGGACUCAUGGCCAGUGCCUCUGAUGAUGGCACCGUCAGAGUCUGGGGUCCUGCUCCCUUCAGUGAUGCCCAAGAUGCAGAGGGGUUUAGCGAAAUCUGUAGCAUGGACAGUUGAUGUUGACUCUGCAACAGAACGAAAAUCAGAGUGAUGCUAUAAACACUGCAAGAAAUUAAGGAUGAAUGAAGUAGAAAACAUACACUGAUGUUUUUCUGGAGGUUUACCCCCUCUGUAGCAGUGGAGAGGCCAAAAUAAUACAGAAAAGCUGGACCACUUGAAGGAAGCUUGCCCAGCUGCUGGCCUUUAACUUGUAACCACAGACCUGCGUGGCAUCCCUGUUGAGGUUGGAUCAGGCGGCCUCACUGAGGAGACUGGGUAACUGAUGUCUGUCUCCUGCCCUCCACACUGCAGCCCUCCGAGGAGCUACAGCUUCACAAACCACACCAAAUCAAAUUAUUAUUUAUUACUGCUAUUAUUUAUUGUUGUGAAUCAGUCAAGGCCUCUGGCUUGAGUUGUAGUGAUGGUGUGAUUUGUUCUUUACAAUAUUCACUCUGUGAGGUUUUUUUUUUUUAAAUUCUUUAAUUAUUUUAAUCAGUUCUGCAGGUGUGAUGUUUAAAAAGCACCUCUCUAUGUGAUGAGUGAGGGCAGCAGGGGUGUGGAGAUAUUGGAGGGGUCCUAGAGGUUGGCCAUCAUAUCUUUUUCCGCAUGAACUUUCUUUUUCUUCAGCCACCUGUGUGAAUGUAUGCCUGAGAGAAAGUGUUUUCACCAGCAGAAUGUAACAAUGUUGUUUUUCUUCCAUGUUUAGAACUCUGAAAAUAAUUUUAAUUGACUGAAUAUAUACAGGCAUUUUUAACAGUGAAAUCAGACCCAUUUCAGUUUAUGAGAAAUAUCUUAAAAUGAUCCUGAGGUCUUUUUUUCCCUCCAUCAAAGAUUGUGGAUUGGUACUUCUAAUGAAUCUGAUUCUCAUUUGUGUAUGAUGGUAAGUAUGUAAGAACUGGAAAUGAGGAAUGCCUCGUUAGAUCAUUGCUUGCCAUGGCCCAGGGUAAGACAGGAAAUGUUUAACAAAUUGAGCUUGCUUAAAUCUUUUAAUCUGUCAGACAGUGACUGACCCAACAAUGAAACUUACAGACUUGGACGCCAUGGGUGUUCUCACUUCCCAGCAUGCUUCUUGUUCUCUGUCAUCCUUGUUGGCAGCAUAUAAGACCUACUUAUAAAGUUAUGAGCACAUGUAAAUAUUGACCAUCCUUAAUGCAAGAAUGCAAGGAGUACUUUUCCUUUGUAAAUGGCUAAUAGAUGUUGGUUAUAUCUGGAUUGUGUUUUUGUAGUAAGCUCAAAACGAUCAGCUUUGUCAGUGAAUAAAGUGGCUGUUGGCUUGAGAGAAGAUCAAGUGUCAUGUAAGAUAGGGCUUUAGGGGAUUGCUCAGUGCUGUUGGUAAUGAUCAAGAUCCAUACAGUUUAAAGGUAAAGUAAGCAAGCUAGUUCAUAAUUAGGCCUUCCAAUUAUGUUCCUUUGACUUUUGAUUUUCAACCAUGUUUCGUGUUUACUACAACCCUCAUGUGCUAAUCCCUUUAUGUCAGUCUGCUGUUUUCUUUUUCAUGUUUUCUUAUUGAGUCUUUGAGUUCAUGUUGUUUUUAUGCUCUUCAGUUAUACAGUUUAUGAUUAUUCAUCACAAAGGUCAGAUUUCUCUCCUUUUUGGGGGCUUAUUCGUUAUUGUUUAUGUCUAAAAUUAUAUUGAUCCUUUGUUUUACUCAUUGUUUUCCCUGAAUUAUCAUAUAAAGUAUUUCUCGGGAAGUGGCCUCUUAACUUUUUUUUUUUUUUCUAUGUGACGUUCUUAUUAUGGCUCAUUGUUUUACUCAUUUUUACACACAGGUGUAGUGUGCAAAUAUUGAGGUAUUCAGAGUGUUACAGUCUGGCCAUCAAGCAUAAGAAACUUUGCCUAUUAUGAUUUGCUUUGUAAUAUGUGCUAUGUGUGUGUGUAUUUUAUGGCAUGUAUUAUAAGACUGGUCAAGAAUAUCACUUAGGCUGAGCGUCCCUUUUCCCCUCAAAUGCUGUUGUUUUUUCCACCUGCAUCAGGUAAGCAGCUCCUCUGUACAGGUUAUCCCUGCAUUCACCAGCCAAACCUGUUCCGCCACUGAGGAGUGGCGCGUGUGCGCACACACACACACACCUUAGAACCCGUUAACACACUGAAAUUUCACCAAUGUUAUGUUUAAUGUUCUGCUUAUGCAAAUGACCUUUGUUUUCCUUUGGUGACUUAGUAUUUCAUUUGAGGGCUUGGUUUUUGCUUUCCUGUGAUGUGAAAGCAUGGCUGUGAGCCUGCUCAUUAUCUACAGGGGGCCAUGGUGGAGUUACUGGGCAAACACUUUGUUUUGCAUCAGGUUCUGAAGGAUCUGUUUUGCAUUUAACUGUGUUAAUAUUCUAAGUGAUUGUACUGUUAUGUAAUGUGUAGGAGAAGUCUUACGUAUGCAUAUUUUCAAUAAAGCAUUCAGGGUUUUAAAAUAGCA